UUUAGGUUAGGUUUGGCACUAAGAUAGAAAAUGGAUAACUUCGAAUCUUUUUUUAAGAUAAUGUUUCAUUAUUCUUUAACCAAACUCUAUAUAUUUAUAAGUCCUUUUCUCCUUAUCCUCUUUCCCCCCCAUUCCACAUUAUUACAUUACAUUUCUAGCCAUAAUUUACAUUUAUAGCCAUUUCUUGUGAGGGAGUUUAUUGUAAAGCAAUCAUAAUUUGGUGAGUUUCAAGAACUGUAUGGUGGAUUUUUUUUGUUUAAACAAUGAGUCUGAAAAUGGGUUUUGUUUCUUUGGACCAACAAAGAAACCAUGGGAUCAUGGAUGAAGAAAAUCAAGAUUCUUCUUCUGAAAUUUCUAGUGUUUUGUCCUCUUCAUCUGAUUCGGAGUUGCUUGACGACGAAGUAAAAGGAGAAGGAGAAGAAGUUGAUUUUUCAAUAUCAACUGAUUCGAAUUCUCCUAAUUCUUCAACAAGUCAUGAUGAUGAUGAUGAUCAUACUGUAGAUGCUUUGCAAAAUAUGUCCACUUUACUACAAGAACUUCCCUUCAAGAGAGGAUUGUCAAAGCAUUACAAUGGGAAAUCACAAUCAUUCACCUCAUUAUCAAAUGUAAGGAGCUUAGAGGAUUUGGCUAAACCUGAGAAUCCAUACAACAAGAAGCUCAAAUCAUGCAAAAGCUAUGGAGUUUUCUUGGAAGGUUUCAAAUCAGAUAACAACUUGUAUCCACCUAUUAGAAGCAAAAGUUCUUCAACACUUGGCUCAAAAAGAAGGUCGUUUCCAUCAUUAAGGGCAAAGAGAAAUGGAAGUUUUCUUGGGAAUAAUAAUACUAGUAGACCUCCUGUUCCUCCACAUGGAUCAACUAGCACAACUAGUUUUACAAGUCAAACCCCUUUGUUUGCUUGAUGUAUUUUCUUUUACUAAAGAGUUCACUACAUACUUGUAAACAGACAGAAAUGUAAGAUGAGGUUGCGUAUAAUACAGUCUUCUGGUGGGGCUCUUUUCCGGACCAUGCGGAUAGAGGGAGUUUUAGUGCAUCGGGCUGUCUUUUUUUUCUAAAGAGUUCAAUACAGACUUGGAAAUAGUCUCCGGAAGAAAUGCAAGGUAAGGUUGCAUAUAGUAUGCCCUUGUGGUGGGCUCCUUCCUCGGACCAUGCGCAUAGAGGGAGCCUUAGUGCAUCGGGCUGUUUUUUUAUCUUUUUAAAAGAGUUCACUACAUAGAUUUACUUUCUUGUUAUUGUUUCUUUUUCCAGUAUGCCAUGUGAUGCUUCCUCUUGUAUUUGUUA